AUGGGACCAUUCGUUCUGGUAUUGUCGGCGUUCCUCUCUCUUUCACAUGCCGCGCGGUACGAUCCAUCGUUGGAGCAGUACAAUCUCAAUCAGAACAAAACAGCCACCCACCCCCUGGAGUAUUGGGGUCAACGAACCAUCGAUGAGCCGGAUCAUGUCUAUUUCCCUUCACCAGACAACUGGCGCUUUCCUUUCUACACAAUCUUCAUCGACCGAUGGGUGAACGGCGAUCCUACGAAUGAUAACAUUAACGGCACAUCCUUUGAACAUGAUACAAACUCCAACCAGAUGCGUCAUGGUGGCGACUUACAGGGCCUCAUCGACUCGCUCGACUAUAUGCAAGGCCUUGGCAUCAAAGGCCUGUACAUCGCUGGCUCCCCUUUCAUGAACCAGCCUUGGGGUUAUGAUCAAUACAGCCCGGUCGAUCUCAGUCUAAUGGACAUGCACUUUGGCAACAUUGCCAUGUGGCGACGCAUGAUCGAUGCCAUGCAUGCGCGCGACAUGUAUGUUGUACUAGACAACGUCUUCGCCACCCUGGGUGACUUGAUCGGCUUUCAAGGAUACCUGAACGAGACUGCGCCGUUCCUUACAGAAGAACACAAGGUCAUGUAUAAGUCCGACAGACACUAUGUAGACUUUGAAUUCGGCAACUCCUACAACGAAACCUGCGAGUACCCAAAAUUCUGGAACGAGACUGGCUUCCCUGUGGACCAAUAUGUCGUCGACAUGUUCAAAGGAUGUUAUGACUCCGAGUUCGAUCAAUUUGGCGACACCGAAGCUUUUGGUGUAUUCCCCGACUACCGUCGUCAACUGUCUAAGUUCGCCUCCGUCCAGGACCGCUUGCGCGAGUGGCAUACGCCCACGCGAGAGAAGAUCCAGAACUUCUAUUGUAUGGCUAUCGCUCAACUGGACUUUGAUGGCUAUCGGUACGACAAAGCUCAGCAAGCGACUGUCGAAGCUGUUGGCUUCAUGAACGAGGCCAUGCGAACCUGUGCUCGUCGCUUCGGCAAGCAGAACUUCUUCAUCAGCGGUGAGAUCACUGGCGGUAACGAUUUCGGGUCACUUUACCUAGGUCGUGGUCGUCAACCUGACCAGCGUCCCGAAAACUUGACUCAGGCCGUCACGCUCACGAAUGAGUCCUCCGAUGACUAUUUCCUGCGAACACCUGAGUUAGCCGGACUUGAUGCUGGCGCCUUCCAUUACAGUUUAUACCGUUCGCUCACGCGCUUUCUGGGUAUGGACGGUAAUCUCGAGGCCGGCUACGAUGUACCUCGGAAUUGGGUUGACAUGCAUAAUACCUUCAUGCUCACGAACGACCUCGUGAAUCCCAACACGGGCAAGUUUGACCCACGGCAUAUGUAUGGCGUCACAAAUCAAGAUGUGUUUCGGUGGCCUGCCAUCGCCAAUGGCACACAGCGUCAGUUACUCGGUCAUUUUAUUACGACAAUUCAUAUGCCCGGUAUCCCGAUGCUAUUGUGGGGUGAAGAGCAAGCUUUCUAUGUUCUGGAUAGCACUGCCAGCAACUAUAUCUUCGGACGCCAGGCUAUGAGUUCAGCUUCGGCAUGGCAAUCGCAUGGUUGCUAUUCUCUCGAUUCAACACAAUACUUCAAAAUGCCUUGGGAUAAGGCCAGGGAUGGUUGCAACGAUGACACAGUGAGUUACGACCAUCGGGAUCCAUCUCAUCCUAUGCACAAUAUCCUCAAGCAUAUGCACCAGCUUCGCGAAGCUUUUCCGGUCCUCAACGAUGGCUACUGGCUCCAGCAGCUCAGCAACCAAACGGAUCAGGUCGUCUAUCCUGGUAGUUCUGGAGUCGAGACCGAGACCGGCCUGUGGUCUGUCAUGCGAUCCCAAUUUGAAGGUGUUCAGGACAUCGAUCCAAACCCGGUAUGGCUAGUCUACUCGAACCUCAACGACACUAAGACCUACGAAUUCGACUGCAGCAACAACGACACCAACCUGAACAUAACCGCGCUGCUUGCACCGUACCCGAGCGGCACGACAGUGAAGAACCUAUUCCACCCGUACGACGAGCAUACUCUAGAAGACAGUAGUCGAUCACUGGGCUUCAACGGGAGCACAAGACCAAAUGGCUGCAUCCCCAGACUCGAAUUGCCUGCAUACGGCUGGAAAGCCUAUGUGCCAACUGACUCCUGGGUUGGGCCGCGCCCUAUGAUCACGAGGUUCUCCCCUGGACAUGACACACGGCUGCAAUCUACCACGGGACCAAACGGCACAGAAUCAGUUGAUAUCGAGCUGCAGUUCUCGACAGAGAUGGAUUGCGAUUCAGUCACAAACAGCAUCGUAUUCAACUCGACUACCGAGCAAGGUCGUUCUCCCACUAUCGAUCAAGGCAGCAUCCAGUGUAGAAACGUUGAUGAUGCUGGUGAAGCCAACCUUGUGGGACAGAUUCUUUCCGCAUGGUCCUGGUCCGCGACACUUAAUGAUGUUCAGAACGGUGUUCAUCGCCUGACAGUUCGCAAUGCCAGCUCCGAGAAUGGUGACGUUACAAACGCGAACGACCACUUUCUGUUCCGCAUUGGCCAGGCCAACAAUCCGAUCGUUUUCCCCAGAUCGGCCAACUACUCCCGCACGCUGCUAUCUCAGGACGGCGAUCGCCUCAUGGUAAAUCACUCCGCUGCCGGUGCGGACCUUUGGCGAUACUCGACCAAUUUUGAUACCAGUUUUUCGGAGUGGAUGCCUUAUGAAGGCGGCAUAGUCGAGAUCGAGAAGCAGCCCUGGUCCGGCACGAAGCUGCAGGCCUGGGAGGGCGAGCACGUUCGCGUCGAGUACUUCUCCCGACUCGGUGGAAGCAGCGACCAUAUUCAGCAGGGUGACACCGGUGUCAAGCACGCCAGGAGAUUCCCACAUGUUUUCUUGAAUGGACCGUACAAUCAGUAUGGCUACGAUGCUGGCUUGAACAACGAAAUGAAACUCACUGGCGACGCCGAAUGGAGCCACCAUUGGAUGGUUGAAUGGAAUCCUCAUGGCGCUCUAGCUCAGAUCAACGUCUGGGGUAUCAAUCCCGAUGGCAAGCCCGACCAGACCUUCGUCAUGGGCGACAUUGACGGAGAUUCCAUUCUCGAUCGACUUCCUCCGAGCUCGUUGUCAGACCUCGUGCUCAACGUCACUACAGCUCCUCCGAAACCUUACCUUGGCUGGCGUUUCACUGUCCACGAUGGUUCGCUCCGUUUCUCUAUUCUCCCAUCCGGCAACAUGUGGUCCCAGCUGAUCGUCUAUAUACUACUGUGGAUCGUUCCGGUUCUCACCGCAGCGGUAUCUUGCUGGCUCUACAUGCAGUCCUUCUAUGGCGUCAAAUACAAUAAAAUAGGCGUCAGUGAAAAAGGUGGCCUUAUUCCGAUGGCUAUCAAGAGACCUUUCAAGAGACUUGCCAGCCAUGAGCCGGAUGAGCAGCCUCGACUCCUGGCCAAACUUAAACGAAAGUCACCGAACUUUCUGCAAACCAAGGACACCGUCCUUGAGACUGGAGGUCGCCGAAGAACUGUGCUUAUCGCCACUAUGGAAUACGACAUCGAGGACUGGGCCAUCAAGAUCAAAAUUGGUGGCCUUGGUGUGAUGGCUCAACUGAUGGGAAAGAACCUGAGCCAUCAGGACUUGAUCUGGGUUGUACCUUGUGUCGGAGGUGUUGACUACCCCGAGGACACCCGUGCUGACCCAAUGACUGUUACUAUCAUGAAUGUGGAGUACGAGGUCAAGGUUCAGUAUCAUAAGCUCCGGAACAUCACUUAUGUGCUUCUCGAUGCACCUGUUUUCCGCCAGCAGACGAAAUCGGAGCCAUACCCUGCCCGCAUGGACGACAUGGAGUCAGCUAUCUACUACUCCGCGUGGAACCAGUGCAUUGCUCAGGCUCUCAAACGCUUCCCAAUCGACCUUUACCACAUCAACGAUUACCACGGAUCUGUUGCGCCUCUUUACCUACUGCCUCGCUCAAUUCCGGCUGCGCUAUCUCUCCACAACGCCGAGUUCCAGGGUCUCUGGCCUAUGCGUAACCGCAAAGAGCGAGAAGAAGUGUGCAGCGUCUUCAAUCUCCCUCAAGAGGUAGUCCAGCAGUUCGUUCAAUUUGGAGAGGUAUUCAAUUUGUUGCAUGCGGGAGCCUCCUACUUACGAGUCUUCCAAGAAGGUUUCGGCUCCGUCGGUGUAUCUAAGAAGUAUGGUGCAAGAAGUUUUGCAAGAUAUCCCAUCUUCUGGGGUCUCAAAAAGGUUGGCGCGCUGCCCAACCCAGAUCCAUCUGAUACCGGUGAAUGGGACAAGAAGCUGCCCAGGGAGGAAGAUAUCCGUGUUGAUCCCGAAUUCGAGGCAGCGAGGCCAGAACUCAAGCGGCAAGCCCAAGAGUGGGCUGGCCUGGAGCAGAACCCCUAUGCUGAGCUCUUUGUCUUCGUUGGACGUUGGAGUAUGCAAAAGGGUGUUGACCUCAUUGCUGACGUUUUCCCGGCCGUCUUGGAAUCCAAGCCUAACGUGCAGCUUAUUUGUAUCGGCCCGGUCAUUGAUCUCUAUGGCAAAUUUGCUGCGCUGAAGCUUGCACGGCUGAUGAAGCUCUAUCCUGGCCGGGUGUACAGUAAGCCUGAGUUCACAGCUCUACCUCCUUACAUCUUCUCAGGUGCCGAGUUCGCUCUGAUCCCGUCCCGAGAUGAGCCUUUUGGCCUUGUUGCUGUUGAGUUCGGUCGCAAGGGUGCACUAGGUGUGGGCGCUCGAGUCGGUGGUCUUGGUCAGAUGCCUGGUUGGUGGUACACCAUCGAAUCCACCACAAGCCAGCACCUUACUAAGCAAUUUCAAAUGGCCAUCGAGGAAGCAUUGAGCUCCAAGACUGAUGUGAGAGCCAUGAUGAGAGCACGAUCCGCGAAGCAGCGUUUCCCCGUGGCCCAGUGGGUAGAGGACCUGGAAAUUCUCCAGUCCACCGCCAUCCGAAUUCACGACAAGGUCGAGGCCAACAAGAGGCAUUCAGCGACGGAAGGCUUCAUGUUCCCUCACUCUGGUGCUGCAUCACCAGGAUAUGGACCAAGCGGAGCCAAUACGCCAAGUGGUGCGCGGACGCCUGCGCUGCACUCUCGCAACAGCUCUUAUUCUGUCAGUCUACACUCUUUGGGUGCAAAGCUGCGAGGUCUGGCGGGCCAGCAUACCGAGACUACUCCCGAAAAGCCUGUAUCUGGCCUCAAGCGGCAAGUAUCCUUGGGAUCUCGCCGGGGACCGGGACAUAUCACAGCUGUCGAUAGUCACGAUGGACCAGCGGCGAACCACACCGUGCUGCCCACUAUUCCAGACUUUGCCGGCGACAAUACUGGCCGUCUCGGCCCGACGAGUUACUACGACGACGAUGUGAGCGACGCCAGCGACAGGAGUGACGAUGACGAGCCGAUGAGCAUGCCUACCCGCGCCAGGCCUGGGGCCCAACACCGGAAUCAGGACUUGGAUUUUGGCUUCGGCGGCCCAAGAUCGCCGCCUUUGCCGGGUACUCCUGGGAGUCCAGGUUUUCCCGAUGCGCAUGCCGGACUCCUCGCACCGCCUCCAGCUCUAUUCUCGGAGUCGAACAAUAACCGCCUGUCUGCGACACCUUCUAUGCUCUCUAUUGACACGGUCGUGGGCGAAAAGACGGACUACAAGCUGCAGAAAGUUGAUCCCUUCUUCACGGAUUCCAAUGGCAAGUACUACGACGAGUUUGAGAAGAAGCUUGAGGGUCUCUCAGCGAGUAACAGUACCACCGCAGGAUUUGCCAUCGAGGAGUUCUUGAUCAAAUCUGAAAAGCAUUGGUUUGACGACUACCGCAAUGCCAAACUCGGCCGCCACCACAUCUACUCGGCACGCAACAGCUUCCAGGCCAGUCGUCCCGGAUCCAUUGCUCCCACGGACGAUCGCGAUCAAUCGAAGGAGGAUAUGGCUAUUUCAAAUUCUCUCAACGACGAGUUUCUCUUGGGCAAUGAUUAUGUUCCUCCCACCGGCCUGCGGAAGUACAUGCAGAUGAAGAUCGGUGACUGGCCUGCCUAUGCUUUCCUGAUGGCCUUUGGCCAGAUCAUCUCAGCCAACAGUUACCAAAUAACGCUCCUGACGGGCGAGGUCGGUCAACAAGCUUCGAAGCUGUACGUCAUUGCCUCGAUCUAUCUGGCAACAUCCAUCAUGUGGUGGUAUCUGUUCCGUCGCCUGCCAUCCCUCUACAGCUUGUCGCUGCCGUGGCUUUUCUACGGCCUGGCGUUCAUCCUUAUUGGCACUGCUCACUAUGCUUCCUCGGCGGAUCAGCGUGGCUGGAUCCAGAAUGUUGGUGCAGCUUUCUAUGCCACCGCAUCUUCCUCGGGCAGCAUUUUCUUCGCGCUGAACUUCGGUGACGAAGGUGGUGCUCAUGUCAAGUCCUGGGUUUUCCGCGCCUGCACCAUUCAAGGCACACAGCAGAUCUACAUUGUGGCACUCUGGUACUGGGGCAGCAUCAUCAGCAAGCGGACACAAGACGGCAUCUUGGUGGCUGACGACCCGAUCUCGUCUACCUGGCGCAUCACAGCUAUCACUCUCCCGAUCGCGAUACUCCUCUGGACGGUUGGACUCCUCAUGUUUUUCGGGCUACCCAACUACUACCGCCAGACUCCAGGCAAGAUGCCCAGCUUCUAUAGAUCGAUGGCACGCCGCAAGAUUGUGCUGUGGUUCUUCGUCACCGUGCUCAUCCAGAAUUUCUUCCUGUCCGCCCCAUAUGGCCGUAAUUGGAGCUUCCUCUUCAGCAGCAAUCACGCGCCCACCUACGCCGUCCUACUUCUGGUAGUCCUCUUCUUCAUCGGCGUCUGGGCCGGCUUCCUCUGGCUCUUCGGCCACUUGAGUAAGUCGCACUCAUGGAUCCUGCCUCUUUUCGCCAUCGGCCUGGGAGCUCCCAGAUGGGCGCAGAUCUGGUGGGGUACAUCCGGGCUUGGGCUGUGGCUUCCUUGGGCCGGCGGCUAUACUUCAUCCGCCCUGCUGUCCCGCGCGGUGUGGUUGUGGCUGGGCACGCUCGAUGCCAUUCAGGGCGUGGGCCUAGGCAUGAUUCUCCUCGGCACGCUCACUCGCGUGCACGUGGCCUUCACCCUCAUCUCGGCCCAGGUCUUGGGCUCCAUAGCCACGAUCGUGGCACGAGCCUGCGCACCCAACAGGCUCGGUCCCGGCCCUAUCAGCCCGGAUAUCACCGGUGGAGUCAGUGCUCUCUGGCAGGCGUGGUUCUGGAUCGGCCUGAUCAUGAACCUGCUCAUCUGUGUAGGGUUCUACAAGUUCUACCGCAAGGAACAGCUGCAGAAGCCGUAA